AAAACCAAUAAUUUGUUCAUAACACUUCCGUUCAAGUGGCCCGUAAGAUAUAGAAAUUGACUAUCCCGUUGCGUCGCCAAAAUUUUUAGUUUUGUGUGAAGUGUACAUCUAAUCUAACGCAAAUUUUUUUGUGCCAGUAUUAUUUUUUGCUGUGAUCAAAUCACGCGACGGAUUAUUAUCUAACUAGCUGUCGUAUUUGGAUGGUUGAAAAUGAUUCCCGAUAACGUAACGCUAAUUGUUAAGGCCCCAAAUCAGCAAAUCGAGGACCAGAAUAUUGAGUGCCAAUCAUCGUGGACGGUGAAGCAACUCAAGGGCCACCUCUCCGAGGUCUACCCUAGUAAACCGGGUGCAGAUGAACAAAAAAUCAUAUACUCAGGCCAGUUGUUAGACGACAACACAGUGCUCAAAGAUGUCCUACGAACAUACGAAAGCCAGAUAGCACACACUAUGCACCUUGUGUGCACACCGAAAAGGAAUAUAGAACCUCCAGUACCUACUCCCGAUGGACUUAGACAAAGAAAUGUCGGUGACAGAGCAGAGCCUAUCCAAGUAUCAAGGCCAGAGACAAGACAGAAUGACCAGAACCAUACAGUGGAAAUGCAAAACUAUUUGAGUUCCUUUGUCAACAAUUAUGGUCGGGUACCACCUUACCCAAACAACUAUAACAACUUUGGUGGAAGGUUUCUGCCGGUGAAUCCUAAUGAUCCCGCGUCAUACGCUAAUCAUAUGAUGAUGAUGCAGCAAGCUUACUUGCAGUAUAUGCAGCAAUAUGCCAAUAUGUGGCAAGCAACCAACAACGCGGUCCCCGCAGCCCCGCCCGUGCCGGAGACCCCCGCCGCGCCCGAGCCCGCGCCGGCGCCCGAGGACGACGAGGCGCCCCGCGACUGGCUCGACCAUCUAUACGCGGCGUCGCGCAUCGCCAUACUGUUCUCGCUGGUGUACCUGUACGGGAGCCCGGCGAGGCUGCUCCUCGUGUUGCUGUUGGCCGUGGCUGGCUACUUGCACCAAAUCGGCUUCUUCCGAGACCUGCACGUCAACCAGGCACCGAGACCGCAGCCGGUCCCGCGCCCGGCCAACGUUGAGCUUGACCAAGCCCAAGCCCCGGCCAACCAAGCCCCAGUUGACCAAGCACCCGUCAACCAAGCCCCAGUCAACCAAGCCCCAGUGAAUGAACCAGCUGCUCCAGUUAACGCUGAAGCUGUUAACGCUGCCCCACAGGUAAACCACGCCAGUGAAACCACCCCACCCGAAGACAACCAGCAGUCCCUUUUAGCGGUAACAUGGAUGAUUUUCACCACGUUCUUCGCCUCCUUAAUACCAGAUACCAACUAGUGUUUCGUGAAACUAGUGUGAACAUUUAGGAUCGUCUGUAAUUAUCGGUUACAUACGGGGAAAUUGUAGUUUUUCGGCUGCCUUUAUACAG